CGCAUGCGUCAAAUUAAUGUAGGACAGAUCCGUCUAGCCUUCGGAGCUUUGUGUAUUUUACUGUAAUAUAUUCCCCCCUUACCCCGGAAUUGGACAUCUUUGAUGCACAUAAUGACGAAGAAGAACUCCAAGACUUAGGUAUUAUCUGUGGUGCCAGCCCAGCUCUGUGGAUGUAGCUGCCACAGCUGUUGGGUGUCUUACUGAAGUCACACCUAUUGCCCUGUUUUAAGUGGUGGUUCCAACACACAGUCAAGCUGGAUCGCGAGGCCACCUCCGCGCCCGACCAUUCUGGGAGAAUGUCGGUGACGCGUGUCCCAACGCCACCCCCUCCAGAAAUGUCCUGCCCUGUUGCAGAAAACUGGUGCUACACACAAGUAAAGGUCGUGAAAUUCUCCUAUAUCUGGACAAUUAAUAACUUCAGUUUCUGUCGUGAAGAAAUGGGAGAGGUUUUAAAAAGUUCAACAUUCUCAGCUGGGGCCAAUGACAAACUAAAGUGGUGUUUACGGGUGAACCCAAAGGGACUGGAUGAGGAAAGCAAGGAUUACCUAUCGCUGUAUUUAUUAUUAGUAUCAUGUAACAAAAGUGAAGUGCGGGCAAAAUUUAAGUUCUCCAUACUGAAUGCCAAACGUGAGGAAACGAAAGCCAUGGAGAGUCAACGUGCAUACCGGUUUGUUCAAGGAAAAGACUGGGGGUUUAAAAAAUUCAUAAGGCGAGACUUUUUAAUGGAUGAAGUAAAUGGUUUACUGCCUGAUGAUAAGCUCACAAUAUUCUGUGAAGUGUCGGUGGUAGGAGACACAGUCAAUGUAUCCGGCCAGUCAAAUUGUACUCCUGUCAAAGUGCCAGAGUGUCGACUCAGCGACGACCUUGGCAAUUUGUUUGAGAGGUCAUCUUUUAGUGAUGUAACACUGUGUGUAGGAGGCCGAGAAUUUCAAGCACACAAAGCACUAUUAGCUGCUAGAUCCAUUGUUUUCCAUGCCAUGUUUGAACAUGAAAUGGAGGAACGUAAACAAAACAGGGUAGACAUAACAGAUGUGGAUCAUGAGGUGAUGAGGGAGAUGCUACGGUUUGUGUACACAGGCAAGGCACCAAAUCUAGACAAAAUGGCAGAUGAUCUUCUCGCAGCUGCUGACAAAUAUGCCCUGGACCGGUUAAAGGUUAUGUGUGAAGAAGCUUUGUGUUCAAAUCUAAUUAUAGACAAUGUAUGUGAAGUGUUAGUUCUGGCAGAUCUACAUAGUGCAGACCAACUAAAGACACAUGCGAUCGACUUCAUUAACAGUCAUGCAACAGAUGUGAUGGAGACAGCAGGUUGGAAGACACUUAUAGAGAGCCACCCUCACCUUAUAGCUGAUGCUUUCCGUGCUCUGGCCAGUCAACAAAGUCCUCCCCUCGGACCUCCUCGUAAGCGGGUGAAGACUUCAUAGUGAUAUAUCUCAGUAGGACGUGAAUGAAACAGACAUUUUAAAUUCUCGUCUCUACACUAGAGAUCGGGUAGGACACAAAUGACACUUGACAUUUUGUUCAGGGCCCUGUCUCUUCACUACAAACCGGGUAGAACAUAAUCAAUGAUACUGAUAUUUGUUAAAUCCUUGUCUGUAGUUGUGAUGUGAAGUGUUGCCCAGAGCAGUCUGAUAUCACUAGACUCUAUGGCUGUCCAGCAUAUCGACUUGUGCAUUUGGACAUUAGAAAUGUGCUAGUCUCAUGCAUUUAUUAUUAAUAAUAAAUUAACCUGAAAAGCUUUCACAUUUAAAAUGGAAAGCUUUUUGUGCUUUUAUAAAUUACAAAAGAUUUGUGAACUUUACAAUUUAGACAUUUAAUUUUUGAAGUUGUAACUCAGCAAAUAAUGUGUCACUGCAAAAGAAGACAUGAUAAUUUGUUCCCGGAAGCAAAUUAAAGUUCAAUGACCAAGUGCAUUAAUACACCUAUUACUGCAUUUUACUUGAAAAAGGUUCCUAGAUUGUGUUUUAUAGAAAACACCAUGAAUGUUUUAUAUUGGAUUGCUGUAUUUGAUUCCUACUGUGUAAUAUAUACAUGGAACAAACUUUUGAACCAGUUCAGAUCAAAAGUCGUGAAGUUAAGCUUAAAAUAAACUCCUAUGCUUCUGGCAACCCAAACCUACCCAAAAACAUAUUUUAGAAUAGAGACGGUGUAGUUUAAACCAUAGGUAUGUGUUUGUUUGGCCCUACAUUUAUUUGUGAUACAGAAAUAAUUGACAUGACUAAAUUUGGGUACAAAUAUGUUUUUAGACAUCAUAGCAUGAAAAAAAUCUGGACAGUUUUUAUAUAUUUUGUUGCAUAUUAUCAUGAUAAAAUUUUUGAAAGUAUGAUGCAACAGUCAUCCAGGAAAGCCGAGAUAAGAAAUAAUUGACAUGACUAAAUUUGGGUACACUUGUUAAAACAAAGAGCACUGUAUCAUCAGCAAGGCAAUCUAUAUGACAUAAUGGCAUCUGUAAAAUGGUGUAAUGUAUAUGAACAGUUGAGAAUCCAAAUGCAAAUUCUGUUUUUAGACGUUAUAGCAUGAAAAAUAAAAUAUCCAGACAUUCUUUUUUUGUUUGGCAUAUUAUCAUGAUAAAAUGUUUGAAAGUAUGAUGCAACCGUCAUCCAGAAAAGCCGAGUUAUUUGCUUUUCACCCCAUUUAUUAUCUAAAAGGCCUAUCAAAAUUAAUUGCAUGAGGUCAAUGGUAUUUUCCCCAAACUUAUUAACUCUAAAUAUCUUUCCUUUUUUUCUUGUCCAAAUGUAGAAGUCCAGAAUACUUGAUAUGAUUAUAUCUACUUUCCCAUACACUUGGUUAUUGAUUAUGGUGAACAAAGUGUUGUAACUCAUUGGUUGUUCGAAAUAAACAUAUGCUGAUUUAGUAUCUGCUCGGCAUUCCCCCUCCACAAACAUCUUAUCCCUUAAAUACCAUCCUUCCCUUAAAGAAUUAUGGAAUUGGGGUUAUUGAAUGCAAGGUUAUCAUAUUUGAUUUGAUCUGGACUGUUUCAAAUUUAUCUCAGACAGGUGAAUAUAAACUCCUUAUGUUUUUUAGUGCAGUGUAUUCCGUCUUUGCGUAUUGCAGAGUUAUCUUUUCUUGGGAGCAGGUAUUGA